UCAAGGUCUGCCACAGCCCCAGAGAACUGCAACACCCAGGUCCCAGCUAAACAUACUAACCACUGAUUUAUAGGUUUCUGCCAGUGAAUCAGUCUGCUGGCGGAGACGGACCAGCGACCGUGGCAGAAGACAGAAGCAAGGCAGUCAAAGCAGAGCCCCAAGAUGUGGUGCCUCCUCGUGCUGCUCUGCUCCCAAGGAAUUGCCUUUUCAGCAGGAUUCACGGCAGUUCCCACUGCAGGUGCUGACACAAACCGCUGCAAGAAGAGUCGCAACCCCGAAUGCUUCAUGAAUGUUAGUGAAAUUAUCAGAUAUCAUGGAUUUCCCAGCGAGGAAUAUGAAGUUACAACAGAGGAUGGAUACAUUCUUGCUCUUUACAGAAUUCCUGCUGGGAGGAAUGACCGAAGUUCAGGGCAAAGGCCUGCAGUGUUCCUGCAGCAUGCUUUCCUAGGAGAUGCUACUCACUGGAUUUCCAACCUGCCCAACAACAGCUUGGGCUUUGUGCUCGCAGAUGCCGGCUAUGACGUCUGGUUGGGAAACAGCAGAGGGAACACCUGGUCUUUAAAACACAAGACCCUUAAACCCUCUCAGAAGGAGUUCUGGCAGUUCAGCUUCGAUGAAAUAGGUAAAUACGAUAUUCCUGCAGAACUGAACUUCAUCAUGAAUAAAACUGGACAGAAGGAUGUUUACUAUAUUGGUCACUCUGAAGGGUCAACUGUAGGCUUCAUAGCAUUUUAUACAUACCCUGAGCUGGCUAAACGGGUGAAAAUCUUCUUUGCUCUGGGCCCAGUAACUGUGUGUUCACAUGCUACAAGCCCUCUGGUUAAGAUUACAAAUCUUCCUGAACCACUGCUCAGGUUAAUACUUGGCUGCAAAGGAGCUAUGCACCAGAUUGAAUUUCUGAAAGGACCCGUGACACAGCUCUGUACAAGCCUGGAUAAGUUUUGUGCCCAUGUUCUCUGUUACAUAGCUGGAGGCAGUAUAAAAAAUAUCAACACGAGUCGAAUAGAUACGUAUGUAGGACAUUCCCCAGCUGGAACAUCAGUACAGAACAUUCUUCAUUGGCAACAGCUAGUACAUACAGACCAGUUUCAAGCCUAUGACUAUGGCUCUAAGGAAAACAUGAAGAAAUACAACCAGACUGCUCCUCCUGUGUACAAGAUUGAGGAGAUAAAGACACCAACUGCUGUUUGGAGUGGUGGGCAGGACACAUUUGCAGAUCCAAAAGACAUGGCAAGGCUACUUCCUCGGAUUACUAAUCUCAUUUACCAUGAGCAUUUUCCUACUUGGGGACAUCUCGAUUUUAUCUGGGGCCUUGAUGCAACUGAGAAAAUGUAUCUGAAAAUCACUGAAUUAAUAAGAAAAUAUUAAUGAAACCAUGAGAAGAGUGUUGA